GCACUGCGUCCACCGGCCGGGUCAGUCGACAGAGCGGGUGGUCCAACAGUGUGUGGACGGUACUGAGCUCUGUCCACCGGAGCCGACCACGGCGGAGGCGGCGAAUAUCAGAUGGAGAUGACAGAUGUGCGUGAAGACCUGGCCGCCCUUCGCCGGGAGAUGGCCUCACUGAGCAAAGUGGUGGCCGGUGCGGUGGUCCGCCUGGAGCAGGCAGUUAUCGAAGAGCGGACCACUCGCCAGACCGUGGUGGAGGAUCUGCGGCAGGAGGUCCGCCGGCGAGCGGCGCCAUCCGGCCGUCCCCAGGGAGCUAGAAAAAUGGCCGAUGACGUCAUAGUACAGACGGAGCCCCAAUCAUCGACAGUCAAUGACGUCACAGUACAGACGGAGCCCCAGCCAUCGAUCGCCAGUGUAUUUAAAACGCUUAGAGAGGCGCUCGGCCUUGUAACCAUGACGAAGCUCGACGCUCCGUCAGCCCUUGGCGAGGAUCAGCUGACGGCGCUCCUGCAGAGUCUUCCCCGCUUGGAGGAGCUGACCGUCAGGGUCCCGUCCUUCGGAACGGGGCGGUGGCUGCAGCUGCUGCCGACGUCACUGAGGACGCUAUACGUUACCGGGCCGGAGGUGACGAAGCCGAGGUGGCCUGGACGGUACGGGAGUGGUCUGUCGGUAUCUCUCCAGGGGGUGGCUGCCGACACCAUCAGUCACCUGGCCACGGAGCUGGGGUCACGGAUUACGCUACUAGUCACGGAUGCACAAAUAACUACUAUUCCAAGUCAACUUCGUGGUGCCAUCAUCAGGGUGGAGCCAAACACUGUCAUCCUUCCGGCCGGAGUCGGUGACAGCGAACUGACGGAGCUGCGGAGCUCACGGGAGACUGUGAAACGCCUGUCAGUCUCCGCCGCCGACCUCCCGCGACUGAGGGGGCAGCUGCCGGAGGGCCUCAAGCGCCUCAAUAUCAGAGGGCCGGAUGUGACGGAGCCGAGGUGGCCGGAAUGGAAACCGUGGUUUCAUGGUCUAGUUAGUUGA